UUGAAGGCCAUUCUCGAGGUUUUUAAAAAUAGCUUUUUAAAUAUUCAGCAAUUUCGCAGGUCUGGCAACCACAGUUCCUGCAACUGCACAGCUCCUCUUUCUUUCCAACCUGCCCGCGUAUGCACAGGGAAACCAGUCUACCACGUUGAAAAUGCCUCUGGCCAGAGACCUCCUCCACCCUUCAAUUGAACAUGAGAGAAGACAACAUAAAAAGAAAAGACUUGUUCAGAGUCCUAACUCCUACUUUAUGGACGUGAAGUGCCCAGGCUGCUACAAGAUUACCACAGUAUUCAGCCAUGCUCAGACAGUGGUACUCUGUGUGGGAUGUGCAACCGUGUUGUGCCAGUCAAAAGGAGGAAAGGCCAGACUGACAGAGGGUUGCUCUUUCAGGAGGAAGCAACAUUAAAAAGGGAUUGCACACUUAAUCAUGUCUGUAAUUAAGCCAUGUUGUUGAUAAAUCUCUUAUUUCCCCAUUGAUUACAAUGUAGUUGUGCAUUCACAAAUGGCAGGUCCUGUCACUGUACAGAUGUCCAACUUUUAUGAUAAAUUUAUAAACUAGCAAAAAUUUUAAUAUGCAAGAUGAUUCAAGUAAAACCUCACUAAAUCAAUAAAGAAAUGUUACAAAAGUUUAA